GCAGGAUCUAUGGCGAACUACAGCCAUGCACCUACUGGGAGCAGCGAGAACCUUUUGGAAAAUGUGUCUCCUCUGGCGACAUUCUUCAAGCUGACAUCCCUGGGCUUCACCAUCGGGGUCGGCGUGUUGGGCAACCUGCUCAUCUCCUUCCUCUUGGUCAAAGACAAGACCCUGCACCGGGCUCCCUAUUACUUCCUGCUGGAUCUCUGCUCCUCGGAUAUCAUCCGCUCGGCGGUUUGCUUCCCCUUCGUCUUCCUCUCGGUGAAGAACGGCUCGUCGUGGCCCUACGGCUCCCUGAGCUGCAAGGUGGUCGCCUUCGUCGGCGUGCUGUCCUGCUUCCACGCCGUCUUCAUGCUCUUCUGUGUGAGUGUGACCCGCUACAUCGCCAUCGCCCACCACCGCUUCUACUCCAAGAGGCUGACUUUCUGGACGUGCCUGGCGGUCAUCUGCAUGGUGUGGACCCUGUCGGUGGCCAUGGCUUUCCCGCCGGUCUUCGACGUGGGCACCUACACCUUCAUCCGGGAGGAAGAGCAGUGCAUCUUCGAGCACAGGUACUUCAGGGUGAACGACUCGCUGGGCUUCAUGUUGAUGUUCGCGGUGAUCGUCCUGGCCACGCACAUUGUCUACCUGAAGCUCAUCUUCUUCGUCUACGACCGGCGCAAGAUGAAGCCGGUCCAGCUGGUGCCCGCCGUCAGCCAGAACUGGACUUUCCACGGUCCCGGCGCCACUGGGCAGGCGGCGGCCAACUGGAUCGCUGGCUUUGGCCGGGGACCCACCCCUCCGACCCUGCUGGGCAUCAGGCAAAACCCCCAGGGCCAGGGCAUGAGGAGGAGGCUGCUGGUCAUGGACGAGUUCAAAACCGAGAAGAGAAUAGGCAGGAUGUUCUACCUGAUCACCUUCUUCUUCGUGGCGCUCUGGUGCCCGUACCUGGUCGCAUGUUACUGGCGGGUUUUUGUGAAGGGCCCCGCUGUUCCACGGGGUUAUUUGACCGCCGCGGUCUGGAUGACUUUUGCCCAAGCUGGGGUCAACCCUUUCAUCUGCAUCUUCUCCAACCGGGAGCUAAGACGUUGUUUCAGCACCAACAUCCUUUAUUGUCGCAAGUCUAGGUUACCGAGGGAACCUUAUUGCGUUAUAUGACUACAUAUGUUCUGUUUAUGUCUGAGAUUUAACCGACGGGAAUUCUACUCGGCAACAGAUGAAAACAGCAGUUGUCGGUCUGGGCUGAAACAUUGGAGUGCCCUCCGAUGUUCACGAAGUGACGGAUCAACCCUUGGCAGAAUGGUCUUUAAUUUAUUUCUGCUGCUCUUGUUUUAACGUUGAAGGUGUUUUCAAUACAAUUUACGUAAGAAAAUAAUACUAUUACCAUAAAGUCUGCACAUGACCUGACAUUUGGCUUUGUUUCUGAAGUAACCAAUGCAGAAAUCAUAGACUACAACCUUAGAACAUGUAUUGAGAGCAUUAGACUCCUUUUGUAUU